UUCUGUUAUUGCAAGAUGUUUAUAUUUCAAGUACAUUAAUGAUAAGAUUGGGAUGUGUUUAAUUUAAGUCGUUUUGAUUCUCUUUUAUGGGGUAAAAUAUUACCCUAACUGAAUUCUUCCCUUAUUUUAUUUAUUUGUUUUUAUAACAGUUUGCGUAAUUAUGUUGUUUACUAUUUCUUUUCCUUCCUAAACUGAAAGAUCUGCAUUAAAGGAAAAUGUUGGGCCGUAAGCAGAGUGUGAAAGGUGAUGAAGUGCUGGCUGACUAUGGUGCUGGUGAGACACUGACUCAGCUUGGCAUAGCAGCUGAUGUUGAAUGGGUUUGGGUAAGACGUUUGUUACGCCUAUGUGCACUUCUCAGCUUGGUAUCAGUGAGUCUGAAUACUACGCGCACUUUUGAGAGAUACGAGUUCUUGUUUUAUGUCACCUUUGUUUGUGAUAUUGUGGUUACAGUUCUCUUCACCAUUGAAAUGAUAGUGAAAAUGUACAUUCGGGGAUUCCUUAUGGGUGAUUUUUCUUAUCUCAAAGAUCGUUGGUGUCAAUUUGAUGCUACAAUGGUUUUCUUUCUGUGGAUAUCAGUUAUCUUACAGAUUUUUGAAAUGGUGCAAGUGGUGCCAAAGUUUUCGUACUUAUCAAUACUCAGAGCACCUCGUCCAUUAAUAAUGAUUCGUUUCAUACGGGUGUUCUUAAAGUUUUCCAUGCCAAAAUCACGAAUCAAUCAAAUUUUUAAGCGUUCAAGUCAACAAAUAUACAAUGUUACUUUGUUUUUUUUGUUCUUCAUGUCUCUUUAUGGUCUGCUAGGAGUUCAGUUUUUUGGUGAAAUGUCAAAUCAUUGUGUUGUCAAUGGAACAGAUCCCAAUAAUGUAACACUUGAUGAUCUUGCUAUUCCUGAUACUUAUUGUUCAAAUAUUCCUGAUGCUGGUUAUCAUUGCCCAAAAGGAAUGGUAUGCAUGGAACUUGAGUUACCAAAAAGCAUAUCUGGCUUUAACGGUUUUGAUGAUUUCGCCCACAGCUUUUUUACUGUUUAUCAGGCAGCCUCUCAAGAAGGCUGGGCCCUUCUCAUGUAUAAAGCUAUGGACAGCCUCCCAGCAUGGAGAGCCAUUUGUUAUUUUACUACUAUGAUUUUCUUCUUAGCUUGGUUGGUUAAGAAUGUUUUCAUUGCUGUAAUAACAGAAACAUUCAAUGAAAUUCGAGUUCAGUUUCAACAGAUGUGGGGAGAGAGAGGAACAAUUCAAACUAGGUCUACACCUCAGAUUUUAAAAGGUGAUGAUUCUGGUUGGAAACUUAUAACUGUUGAUGAAAAUAAAGGUCGUGGGAAAGCUCCUCACUGCCUGCAAGUUUUUCUUCAAUCUGCAGUCUUCCAAGUUAUUGUUAUGAUGGUUAAUGUUGCUAAUGCUAUCGUGGCCGCUAGCAUAAAGUUUGAACAUGAUGGAAGACCAAGAGAAGAAUUUUAUAAACAUUACUAUUUAGCAGAAGUUGGUUUUACGAUAUUCUUUGAUCUGGAAGUGUUGUUUAAAAUUUGGUGUCUUGGAUUUCAUGGUUAUUAUAGGAGAUCCCUUCAUAAAUUUGAAUUACUUUUAGCCAUAGGAACAACUUUUCACAUCAUACCUGAUUUGUAUAUGUGUGAACUUUCAUCAUUUCAGGUCUUAAGAAUAGUUAGAUUGAUUAAAGCAUCUCCAGUUUUAGAAGAUUUCGUAUAUAAAAUUUUUGGUCCUGGGAAGAAACUUGGCAGUUUAAUUAUAUUCACAAUGUGUUUACUGGUAAUAACAUCAAGCAUAAGUAUGCAGUUAUUCUGCUCACUGGCAGAUUUCAAUAAAUUUGAAGCUUUUCCAGAAGCAUUUAUGUCUAUGUUUCAAAUCUUAACACAAGAAGGUUGGGGAGAGGUUAUGAAUGAAACUAUGCUGAGAACUAGUAGAACUAUUGGACCUCUUGUGGCAAUUUAUUUCAUCUUAUACCAUUUGUUUGUAACUCUGAUUGUGCUGAGUUUGUUUGUAGCUGUAAUUCUGGAUAAUCUGGAGCUGGAUGAAGACAUAAAGAAAGUAAAACAGCUUAAAGCUAGAGAACAAAGUGCAGGAAUCAAAGAAGGUUUGCCUUUGCGUCUGCUUUUAUUUGAACGAUUUCCAGAUAGUCCACAGAUGAGUCGAUUGAACAAAGUACCUUCUGAGUUUACUGUGCCAAAGGUCAGAGAAAGCUUUAUGCGACAGUUUGUUGAUGAUCAGCCUGAAGAAUCCCCAACAAUGAAGAAAUUGAGUGAAAAUGAAGACAAUCUUGUAACAUUUCGAAAAUCAAGGCCUAUAAAGUUAAUAGCAUCUCCUUGUAAAAUUAGAAAUACUACAAAUAUACUUAGAAAAGCUAGUGUCACUAAUAUUGUUAUAGAUUCAAAUAAUCAAAGACUACUUGUUGGUGAUUCUGGUCAGAUUCCAGUUCUUGGUAAAGGCCCUAAGCAAACUCAGAGUCAAAAAACUAUUCGUUUGGAUAGAAGAAGUAUGAGACGUUCCAUGCGAGGCUCAAUAAAAAUUAAACAGACGUAUGAUCAUUUACGUGAAAAUGGUGAUGGUGGAACUUUGAAUCCAACUGCUUCUCGAAGUCCUCAUGAUUUUGAUAUUAAACUGCUGCAACAAAAAAGGCAGCAAGCAGAAAUGAAAAGAAAUCAACGAGAAGAAGAUCUAAGGGAAAAUCAUCCAUAUUUUGAUACUCCUCUUUUUAUGGUAUCUCGUGAAAGUCGUUUCCGGAAAUUUUGCCAGACAAUCGUGUGGGCUAGAUACGAUCCUCAUAUCAGAGAUCCUGUGACUGGAAAGGAAAGGAAAAUUAAAUACAAAACUUUUCACAAUUUACUAGGCCUUGUGACAUAUCUAGAUUGGUUUAUGAUUUGGAUUACAACGCUGUGUUGCAUUUCGAUGAUGUUCGAGACGCCUCAAAAAAGGGUUAUGAAUACUCCUGUAUUGCAGAUUGCAGAGUACGCAUUUGUAACUGCCAUGAGUCUUGAAAUUAUUCUUAAAACAUUAGCAGAUGGUUUAUUUUUUACCCCCAAAGCAUUAAUAAAAGAUGCUGCUGGUGUCAUGGAUUUUUUCAUAUUUGCUGUAAGUUUGGUGUUCUUAUGUUGGAUGCCUCAAAAAGUACCACCUCAGUCUGGUGCUCAAGUUUUAAUGAUUUUACGAUGUGUACGACCUUUACGUAUUUUCAGUCUUGUUCCACAUAUGCGUAAGGUAGUUUAUGAACUUUGUCGUGGAUUUAAAGAAAUUCUGUUGGUUUCAGUGCUACUUAUUGUUCUCAUGUUUGUAUUUGCUUGUUAUGGUGUUCAUAUGUUUGGUGGUCGACUAGCUAGGUGUAAUGAUCCUGAUAUAAAGGAGAGAGAACAAUGUGUAGGUGUUUUUAUGAGAAAGAUAUUCAUCACCAAAAUGAAACUACAGCCAGGUGAAAAUGAAUCAUAUCCUGCAAUGUUAGUUCCAAGAGUUUGGGCUAAUCCAAGGAGAUUUAAUUUUGACAAUAUUGGAAAUGCAAUGUUGGCUUUAUUUGAAGUUCUGUCAUUCAAAGGCUGGUUAGAUAUACGUGAUGUUUUGUUACAGAGACUGGGAACAGCACAUGCUAUAUAUAUUCACAUUUUCGUAUUUCUUGGAUGUAUGAUUGGUCUCACUUUAUUUGUUGGUGUUGUAAUAGCUAACUAUAGUGAAAAUAAGGGCACAGCAUUACUUACUGUUGAUCAACGAAGAUGGUGCGACCUGAAAAAAAGAUUGAAAAUUGCUCAACCACUUCAUUUACCUCCACGCCCUGACAGUCAUAAAUUUAGAGCCUUCAUUUAUGAUAUCACACAAAACAUUUAUUUUAAACGUUUUAUUGCUGGCCUUGUUUUAGCCAAUAGUAGCCUUUUAUGUGUCAGUUGGAAAUCUGAUGAAGAUCACACAAUACCUCUAGCAACAUGUUCUGCUGCAUUUACUUUGCUUUUCACCAUAGAGGUAAUAAUGAAAGCAAUAGCAUUUACGCCGAGGGGCUAUUGGCAGAGCAGGAGAAAUAGAUAUGAUCUUCUCGUGACAGUAGUUGGUGUGAUCUGGGUCAUAACCCAUUUUAUGCUAAUGAAUAAUACGAGCAACUCGAUUGGUUAUACGGUUGUUAUCCUGCGCUUUUUUACAAUUACUGGAAAACAU